UGAAAUAUUUCCUUUGAAAGGCCCUAAUAUUUAGGCGGGCCAAACGCAGCCCUAAUUCGAGAGACUUCUCUCAGCCCGCAAGGCGCGGCGUUUCUGCUUUCCUCUUCUCCAAGGAACUAGGGAAACUCCUUUUUUCUACAAAUAACUAUCAUUUCUUUCCCUUUUAUUUAAUUUAAUUUAAUCUCACUCUCACGAACUGCUGAAUUAAAGCUGAGAUCAACAGGUUGAUCCAGUAGUUAAAUAAAAUGGCGGAUGAAUUGAACAACGGAGAAAAUUCAUGGAUGGACACGACUGAGCAAUCGAAUAGAGUACUAGAUGUUGAUAAAAAUGUUUCCUUGAUGUCCGGAUCAGUGAUUAUCACUGAUGGGGCAGAACCCUUACAUCCUCAGCAGCCUCCACCUCAGGUUCCCACCAGCCCCUCCUCGGAUGUCCAAUUGGGCUUAUCUGAACGAGCCGUCUCAGCAGCCGGUGCAGCGUUUCUCUCUGCAGUCCUUACUAAUCCACUUGAUGUUGUCAAGACUAGAUUGCAAACACAGGCAGCUGGAGUUGCUUAUUCACAUCCAAUGAGUAACAUGACAAGCCGCAUGGCAGUUUUUGGUCCAAAUAUGAUGUUUGCAGAUCUGAGGUGUUCACCUUCAUGUACCCGCGCUGGUGUUCAUGGUACAGUAUCAAUCUGCCCGCCUGAUUGUUUCCAGUACAAAGGAGCACUUGAUGUCUUCUACAAAAUUAUUCGGCAGGAGGGUAUUUCUAGGCUAUGGAGAGGCACAAAUGCUGGUCUAGCACUGGCUGUACCAACAGUCGGAAUUUACUUGCCUUGCUAUGACAUUUUUCGGAACAAGUUAGAGGAGUUCACAGCCCAACAUGCCCCAAGCUUGACACCAUAUGCUCCUUUGUUAGCUGGUUCGCUGGCACGGUCUUUAGCUUGCACAAGUUGCUAUCCUCUUGAACUUGCCAAAACACGAAUGCAGGCAUUUAAGGAUAUGAACAAGAAGCCUGCUGGAGUCUGGAAGACUUUGUUUGAGGUUAUUGCCAAUGUCAGGAGCACAACUAAUACCAACUGUGGCUUACAAAGCUAUCGUGUACUUUGGAGUGGACUUGGGGCACAGCUUGCUCGUGACGUCCCUUUUUCUGCAAUUUGUUGGACAACUCUUGAACCAGUAAGGAGGCGGCUUCUUAGUCUGAUGGGAGAUGAAGCUAAUGCUGCUGGUGUCCUUGGGGCAAAUUUUUCUGCUGCUUUUGUUGCAGGAAGCAUUGCUGCUGCUGCAACAUGUCCCCUUGAUGUUGCUAAGACUAGAAGACAGAUUGAGAGAGACCCCACCAGGGCAUUGAGGAUGACAACAAGGCAAACUCUACUUGAGAUUUGGAGGGAUGGAGGGCUCAAGGGACUGUUUACUGGAGUAGGUCCUCGUGUUGGUCGUGCUGGCCCUUCAGUUGGAAUUGUGAUUUCGUUUUACGAAGUAGUCAAAUAUAUGUUACACCACAAAUAUACUUCUUCAUAGCACGCGUAGUCAGGUUAAUUAGGGUUUCUUCUUUCCAACGUCUCGGAUCGGGCAAUGGUCACUGACUUAGCUGAGUUGGGCCGCGAUGGGACGCUGUAGUAGCACCUAUGUGUGCUCUAACGUGGAUAUGGUAGCAUGCAAAGGAGCAGUUUUGACCAUGGUAGAUUACCCUCACAGGUUAGCUUGUAGAAAAUAAUCCACUCUUCUUUGCUUUCCAGCCAAUUCAGUUUGGUUUGGUUUUUGGGCAGGAUUGUCUUUGGAGUAAGAAGAGAUUUUGAUAAACUUUUGGUUGCAUCAAUGAGCAGUUUUUCCUGA